AUGUCACCACAAAAAGAGACUAAAGCAAGUGUUGGAUUCAAAGAUGGUGUUAUAGAUUAUAAAUUGACUUAUUAUACUCCUAAGUAUGAAACCAAGGAUACUGAUAUUUUGGCAGCAUUUCGAGUAACUCCUCAACCUGGAGUUCUUCCUGAAGAAGUAGGGGCCGCAGUAGCUGCCGAAUCUUCUACUGGUCCUCCUCACGGCAUCCAAGUUGAGAGAUAUAAAUUGAACAAGUAUGGUCAUCCCCUAUUGGGAUGUACUAUUAAACCAGAAUUGGGGUUAUUCGCUAAAAACUACGGUAAAGUUGUUUAUGAAUGUCUUCGUGGUGGCCUUGAUUUUACUAAAGAUGAUGAUAAUGUAAACUCCCAACCAUUUAUGCAUUGGAGAGACCGUUUCUUAUUUUCUAUCGAAGCUAUUUUUAAAUCACAAGCUAAAAUGGGUGAAAUCAAAUGGCAUUACUUGAAUGCUAUUGCGGGUACAUGCAAAGAAAUGAUAAAAAUUGCUAUAUUUUACAGAGAAUUGGGAGUUCCUAUAAUAAUGCAUGACUACCUAAUAGGGGGAUUCACUGCAAAUACUAGCUUGCCUCAUUAUUGCCGAGAUACUGGUCUACUUCUUCACAACCACCGUGAAACACAUGCAAUUAUUGACAAACAGAAGAAUCAUGGUAUACACUUCUGUGUAGUAGCUAAAGCAUUACGUAUGUCUGGUGGAGAUCAUAUUCAUUCCGGUACCGUAGUAGGUGUUCUGCCGGUAGCUAUGGGCGAUAUUCAUGUUUGGUAUAUUCCUCAACUGACCGAGAUCUUUGGAGAUGAUUCUGUAUUAGAUUUCGGUGGAGAAACUUUAGAGCACCCUUGGGGAAAUGCACCCGGUGCCAUAGCUAAUCGAGUAGCUCUAGAAGCAUGUGUACAAGGUCGUAAUGAGGGACACGAUCUUGCUACCGAGGGUAAUGAAAUUAUCCGUGAGGCUACCAAAUGGAGUCUUGAACUAGUUGUUGCUUGUGAAGUAUGGAAGGAGAUUAAAUUUGAGUUUGAGGCAAUGGAUUCUUUGGAUCAAUAA